UUUUUGUGCAGGGCUUCGAUUUUCACAUUUCUGGGAGCGGUUAUGAGUGCUCGAGUAAGCGCGAUUCCGUCGACUCCUUCAAACAGCAAUGCCGAAUCAUCCGGAAUUUGGCUACAUGCCCAAGUCGAGCCAGGGCCUCCUAAAGUUACUGUGCGCCCGAAUGGAUGCUGCUUGUUGUUGAUCAAGGAUAUUCUAAGGAUGGAGAAAGGUCCUGGUAAUGAAUUCCGACUCACAACGAAGCUCGAUAAUGUCAAAGAGGUUUGCUUCGUUGGAAUUCUACAGAGUUACAGAAUUUUCGAGAAAUUGUCACGUAUUUACGUUAGCGACGGAACCGGUUCAAUUGAAUGCGUCGUUUUUCACGACAAUGAGCCGCCGAGUCGAGAAGACGUUAGAGCGGCUGGUAAGGAAUGUUGGUGGUUGACCCUCACAUGGAAACUCGCUGCCGGGUUGGUUCUUCCGAACCCAAAAACUGGAACUGUGGUAUGUGUUAAUGGUCGUCUUCACGAACACAAUAACAAGCUGGUGGUCAGAAUCGAUUCAAUUGCUGAAAUGAGCCAGAGCAGGAUGAAGGUGACGAUUGAUGCAAUGAAGAAAGCGUACGAAUUGUAUUCGUUGCCAUUUCCUCGUUUGCUUGAUGGUUACCAGUACGCGAGGGCGUUGUUCGAUGAAAAGAGAGACAUGUUGUCCUUGGAGACGGAGAUACGCGCGCUAUUGAAAGGUGCAGAGGAGGCUGUUCCUCGUCGCUCGCAAAUUAAACACUGGGAAGACGGUUUUAUCCUUAACUUCCGUUUCCUGUGCACAGAGACAGUUUCUAUCAUCACGUCCGAUGGCAGAAAUAUUGUCGGUACUUUGAAAGGCUUUGAUCAAGUAUUGAACAUUAUUCUGGAAGACAGUCAUGAACGUGUUUACAGCCAAACUCGAGGUGUUGAACAAGUGAUCCUGGGCUUAUAUAUCAUCAGGGGCGACAAUGUGGCAAUCGUUGGCGAAGUGGACGUGGAAAUGGACGAACGAUUGGACCUCGCUGUAGUGAGAGCAGAGCCGUUGAAUCCAAUAGUUCACUAG